CCAGGAAGCGGAUCGACGAAUCCUCUUGGAUCACCGGGUCGAGGCAGUCUUGAAGCAGGGGGACUACUCCAUGGAAAUGGACAUCGAGAUGGCCGGCAUCAGUCGUUCCGUGGAGAACGUGCGAAGGUGUUCCAUCGAGGAUGAAAUGCCUACGACUGGUGAUGAGAUUAGCUUGAUCCACCUCCGGAAGGCCAUGGCGGAUGCCGCCAUGGAUGAAGAUCAGUUGCAGCUGGCCAUUUUGAGUUUCGUGAAUUCGUCCAAAGUGGUCCGGCAGAGCUUCGCAGGACAAGAGCUGCUGGAAAAGGCCAAAGGCCUACAGGAGCUGUGGUUGUGGUGGCGCCAAUCAGCAGAUGCCUUGGAAGAGCUUCAAGUGGUCCUUGACUACAUGUUGAAGAAGGAGGC